AUGAAGAAGACAUCGGUGCGCAAGGUCAACGCGAAGACGGUGCGUGCGAUAGAGACGUUGGGUGCGCCUCCCACUCCACGGCGGUCCUUCAUGUCAUUGGCGGCCCCGACCGUGCCUUCCUCCAUUGACCCGCUGCUGCAAGAAGCCUCCAUGACGGCGCUGAUCUCCAAGGCCAAGCGCACCAAGACGAUGCCGGCGGCGCCGGUGCAGACCAGCUCGCGCUCCAAGGGGCCAAGGGUCUAUGGUCCGGCCGAUCACUCUCAAUCGGCGGAGUUCUUGGGAGAACUCCAAGCUAAAGUCACCACGGUGACUGCAGCGGCGCUCCCUGUCCUUGUGGGAGGGGAUUUCAACCUGAUCAAGUCUGGAGCGGACAAAAACAACACCCACACCCUCCCCCGCGCGCCCCCCGGCCUCAUCACUCAGCUCACUCACACUCCACACUCCUCCCUCAAUCCCCCGCGCACCGCCGUCGACCCCCACACGCUGCCGUCCCCCGCGCCGGCCCUCCUCCCUGCGUCGGCCGCCCUCGCCCCCGCGUCGGCCCUCCUCCGCGCCGGCCGCCCUCCCCCGUGGCGGCCCUCCUCCCCGUCGGCCGCCCUCCCCCGCGUCGGCCUCCUCCCCCGCCGGCCGCCCCGGCCCCCGCACCAGCUCUCCUCCCGCACCGUCCGCCCCCCGCGCCGGCCCUCUUCCACCGAGAGCUUAGUGAGGAGCCAGCCCGUCGUCGACCCGGAGCUUCUUUGGUGGCGGUCACGCGGGCCUGCAUCGGUGGAGAGGCUUGAGUCCCCCGCGCAGGUGGUACAGCACCGGGUCACGGAGGAGAACGCGCACAUCUAG